ACAUCCAUGGGCAAUGAGCAAUGGAAGUCAACAGCCAGACCAGAUGCAGCCAUAAGCAUCGUCGAUGGUCCAUCGUUUGAGAAACCAGUGGGAUAUGGGCAAAUCAAACCGGAGCAGCACGCGUUACAUCACCGUCUUGUGCGAAUCGGUCCGUUUGCUAAGGAUGUUACGGACAACUAUGGCAACGCGCUCGCUUUCGCCUUUCAAGCUAUUGUAAACAUGCAACAUUUUAUUUACUCCGUCGCCAAAGCCGAAACAUCUAUACCAUGCCGGAAAUAGGCCAUGUCCAGUGACCAUGUCGACGAAAGAGAUUCCUUUGUAUCUUGCGCGACUUGACACCGUCAUUAAUGUCAUUGAAGCGCUUGAACGUGUUGUUGCUUCUCCAACGACAGACUAUGACGACCAUCCGGCAACAUGGUUUCCUUUUGGGUACUGCUGAAGCUAAUGCUUUCAGCUUCUAUAAAGCCUAUUGUGAUGGAGGCAAAGAUCUCGUUUGGCAAUGUGAUGACACCACAUUUUGUGUUGAAUCUAUGUGGCUCAGUUCUAGUCUCUUUGUUUCCCAAUCAAGUUCACACGAAUUGACUAUUUGUGUGUCUCCCCUAGUUACAAUAAAUCAGGCUUUUAAAUCUCAAUACCAACUUUCAAUAAUCUACCAUAAAACGGAAGACAAUUAAAAUCCACUUCAAGACACCAUUAGC